UGAGGCUUCAGGUUCUUCCAGGUGUCGUUGAUGAAAGAGAAGGCGGACGUCUGCGUGGCCUUUUUACUGCGACUCUGAGAAACUAAAUGGCAAUAAACUAACCAUUUCUCCUGUUAUUGGGAGCGACGUUGAAGGCUUAUCUUCCAGCCUGAGGACGGAGGAGGGGGGAAAGUUUGGCUCAUGGCUCUGCUUUUAGCUGCUUUGUUGAUAUUGUGUUGCGGAAUAUGGAGCAAGCAGGCCACCGUCGUUGGUCAGACUUGUGUGGAUGAGAGCAGGCUUAAGGAGCAGGUGGUUUAUUUGGGGCAGCAGAGGCCUUCAUUUGUACUGCAGUGUCCUCUUCAGGGACAUCAACCUGAGAGUUUCCCCCAAACCCUGUUGACCUGGCAGAAGGACUGCCAGGAGCUCCAGAAUCAGGAAGGGAAGCCCUUCUUGGAGUUCUCCAGCAUCAGCUUAGAGGACAAAGGGAAUUAUACUUGUAUGCGACAAGGAAACAGCACCACAUCGUUCACUGUGCGCCUUGUAGUAAAGGAGUCUCAGUGUGUCAAAGCUCCAGAUUUUAAACCGAACAGUAACCCUAGCAAACUCUGGAGAAAUGUGGCUGACACGGUGAAACUGAACUGCACUGCUCUUCUCUUCUGGGACCCAUCGGAGGAGCAGUGUGAAACCACACUGCAGUGGAGCAAAGACGGCCAGCCACUCACCAACCGCACUCUCUAUCUGCACAACACAACGUCAUGGUCCCCUGAUGCUGGCCAACUGAUUGUAAGCAGCCUGCUUCAGUUCACCCUUAGAGAACCAGAGGAUUUUGGACUUUACAGCUGCACAGUGAGGAAUGUUUCCUCUGACUUCAGCGUGCAAAAUUCAAACAGUCCCAGCCACACAGCUGCAGUGAUCGCAGCCAUCAGCUUCCUCCUCCUCUUGGGCAUAGCGGCUGUGGUCUACUGUAGGUGCCUCCUGAACAUCAAGCUCUGGUACAAGAACUCCUAUGGAGACUAUGAACUCAACGAUGGGAAGCUAUAUGACGCCUACAUCUCUUAUGUCAACAAUGAAUAUGACAGGAAGUUUGUCAACUUUAUUCUCAAACCUCACCUGGAAAAUAAAAAUGGGUACAAGGUGCACCUCAAUGACAACGAUAUCCUGCCGAACACAGAGCCUUCAGCAGAGUUCCUGAUGAACAUGAGCCGCUCCCGCCGCCUCAUAGUGCUCCUCUCUCACGCGUAUCUUGAGCAGGACUGGUGCACAAAUAAUUUCAGGCAGGGCCUCCAGCACUUGCUGGAGUUAUGUCAGCAGCCUAUCCUGAUCACGUUGGACGGUCAGAUCAAACGCAUGAGUCCUGAGAUAAAGGAGCAGCUCAGUGAGAACCAACACCGCCUCACCUUACUCACCUGGAGGCACAACUCUGUGACUCCUUCAUCAGCCUUCUGGAAGGAACUAGCUUUAGCGAUGCCUCGCAGAGUCAUUUUCCCCAAGGAGUCUGCAGGCGACCCUCAGACUGUCCUGCAGGAUGAUAAGGACCCCAUGCUGACCCUUGACCCUGACUACCUGGACUGCCGUUCUGACACCGACCCGGCUGGAGAUCUGGGUGUUCGUCUCCCCGUGUACAGGGCUCUGGCCUCCAAAGCUCCUGUCCUUCCUGCUGCUCCCAUCGAAGCCGCCCAACAAAAAGCCUCGGAAAUCGAUGUCUCUGAUCUGGGAUCCCGCAACUAUGGAGCGCGCUCAGACUUCUACUGCCUGGUCACUGAGGACAUUUGAUUCCUGCUUAUAUUCAAACCACCUAUUGUUGCUAUUAUGUAUAUUUAUUAAUUAUGAAGCUUAAUGCUUUAUUCCCCCUUUCCUGUGAAUGAGCUAAAUCAAAUUGUGCCAUUUUCUCUUUUUAAUGAUCAGUUCUUUUUUGUCCCUCAGUUUUGUAAUGUUGUGAAGAAAAUUAUAAAAUGUUAUGUUAAAUACCAAAGCAAAAGACACUUGUUCUGCAAAUAUUUAUCAUUUUCUUUUAGUGCCUAAAGGAGAACGAUAAGUUCAGUACUUUAAGUAUUGUCUUCAUUUCAGAGUUGCCAACAGUGAGAAAAGAUAAAUGAAGAUUGCAUCAUUAAAACACUGGACCCCCCCCCUUUAACAGAACUGAUAACUUUCUGUCCUCAUGGAAAGAAAAUUACCUGCAGUCAAACAAGAGUCUAAAUAAGGGUGCAGCAGGGAACGUCUGGUUUUUUUCCUGUCUGAGCAGGAGCAAAUAUGUAAACAGGGUGUGGCUAGGAUUUCACCACAUCAGUUCCUGUUACAGAAAACUGCAUAUACGCAUAAAUCCUCACAAUAUGACUUAUUUCCAAGUAUGUCUUUAUUAAGCUGUUAAGUCAGAUGAUACAUCUGUAUGACACAUACAAGCGAAGAAGUUUCCUGCAAAACCCACAUAUUGUUCACCACUUACACCACUGAGUGAUGUUUACAAAUCUGAUCUUGAAAAAA